CCUACCCAUACUAAAGAAGAACCAGUUUGGCCAAUUUUUUCGCUUGCCAAAUUUUGCCAAAUUUUCCAAUUUUACCCCCUGAUUUGGGGGCAAGCAGUGUUGUCUGGUGUCCAUAAUUGUAAUUUUCCCUUCUUGACUUAAUGGCCCAAGUGGGUGCAUCACACUCAGCCACGUAUGUAGGCCAUGAAAAAGGAAUACACCGUUUCAUCAUCCUUCCUUCACAUAAUUCUCUCUCUCUCUCUCUCUCUCUCUCUCUCUGCGAUUUUCUUCAAGCUCUCAUGGCUUCUCUAUCUCUUAUCCAUCUGCUUCACCAACGAUGGUGCCCACACAGCUCUUUUCUGCAACUAAUCCAUCUCAACUCCCUAGAAAACUUGAAUCAGUUGGUUGUUUCGAAAUCACUACUCAAUCGCAGAAAUGAACAGAUUACUUGCACGAAUCGGUAAUUCUUAACAAUCCUAUGUCUCCCCCAUAGCUUCACACUCUCGCACACCACACUGUCUACUUUAGCUUCUUACCGAAGGCAUUUCAUGGCAUCAGUGGUCGACGGGUAGCGGGGCCACUGCAGUGGGUUCGUUGGUGGAGGAAUUGGAAGAUCUGUGGUGUUGGAUAAGGAUUUUAGGCAAUAUAAGUAAUAUUUAGGGCUUCUAAUUAUAUUGUUGAUGUUUGCAUGUGGUAUUUGACUUACAGACUUAGGGUUUCUGAUUAUAAAGCUUCGAAUUACGUUGUUGAUGUUUGCAUGUGGUAUUUGAUUUACAAACUUAGGGUUUCUGAUUAUUGACUAUUAUAAUUAUUUCAGGAAUAUUGAUUGUUGAUUUGAUUAAGCCAAGCUUGGCUCCUCGAUGCUGUACUCUUUCAUUCACUGUGGGCAUGCAAUAGCUUCAAAUGAGUAUUGAUUUAAUGCAGCCCAAGCAUGGAUUCUUAUGAAUUUUUAGACCAUAUAUGAUUGGGAGUGUGAAAGAACAAGGAUGACUUGCAUAAGAAUGAAGAGUGUGACAAUUACUCUCUAUUCGCCCUAAAAAAGUGUGUUCAUGAAGUUCAUUUUUUGGUCUUUGAGUGCGUCAAUUGAUUUUGCAAGUUUAAGAUUUCAGCAAUUGCAAGGAUGUUGGAUCUUAAGUGUCUCUGUCGGCCUCAAUAACUUCACGUGAAUCUCGGUUAUGCCAUCUACUCAGGAUUUCUAUCUCUGUUUUCACUAGAAACUGAUUACUAGAUACAAAUUUUUUCUUCUGAGAGUUGUUAGUAAUGUAAUGAGCAUGUGGAAUUAGAACUAUGAUGUCUUCUACUUAUGCCAUGGACAAAGAACCAGUAAAUAGAUUUUUCCUUCUGAUAUUUGUUAGUAAUGAAAUGAGCAUGGGGAAUUAGAACAAUGAUGUCCUAUGCUUAUGCCAUGGACACGAAUGUUUAUGUAUUGUAGUCCAUACUCCACAUAAACGUGGUUUACUCUCACCAUUGCAUUAUCAAUGUAAUUGUAGAUUUUUCUAUCUAGGCACGAGGGAAAGCAGAAGAUGUAUUAAACCCAAAAAAGAAAUAGUUGGAGAAGAACUCAAAAGCUUUACUACACUUCAUAUACUGUGAUGCGUUGUCCAACAUGAAAGAACUUACUUGAAAUGGGCGUUUACUUUGAUGUCUCAGUAUCAGCUUGCUGCUGCUGAUCAGUAUGGUUUGGAGAGGCUCAGGUUGCUCUGUGAGGCUAAUCUUUGUGACGAUGUUGUCAUAAACACUGUGGCAACGACAUUAGCUCUGGCAGAGCAACAUCGUUGCUCCCAUUUAAAGUUCGUGUGUCUUAAGUUUGUCGCAAUGCCUGAAAAUCUCAGAGUUGUGAUGCAGACGAAUGGGUUUGAAUACUUGAAGGAAAAUUGUCCCUUUGUCCUGACUGAACUCCUACAGUAUGUUGCUAGGAUCAGCGAGCACUCCACAAUUGGCAGCAGCCAUGGCAAUGAGGCUUUCCUAGAUGGCAGCGACCUCAAUAGUAGACAUGUGAAGCAUCUACGGUGAAAAUUUUCUUUGUACCCCUCUUCAGUUGCUCAAGAGAAGAUUUUUUAUUUUAUUUUUUGCAGAAAGCUUGUCUACGGUUUAGAGACAUUUUCCAGUUCUCAGCUUAGUCGGAGUUGUAGAUUUAAGAUUCACUCAUUGGUUGUCUUAAAAUGCGAAGGUCUCUUCCUCAUGUUAGCAGUUUGUAUUAUUCAACACCAUUCAAUUAUUCA